GAUAAGAUUAAUAUGGACAUAAGUAUCGAACUUUAAAGAUAUAAGAAGAGUCCAGAAGUACAUUUGCAUUGGACGCCGAUUUAAAUUAUUUCGAUUGUGUUUGUUCGCGCAUUAUAUAUUGUUAUUGUCUUUGUAAAAAUAUAGCGGUUAGAGACUUGCGAUCGAUUUACUAAUUAUGUUAGUGCAAGUGAAAUUUGGAUGACAAAUGGUCGCUUUAUUUGUGCUUAUAAAUAGACGUGACAUCAUGAACUUGCUCUUAUUGGGAUAUUUGAGCUUUUGUGUUGCGAUAAAUCCAGCCGAGAGUUCAGAUUGGGAAGAGGAAUUUACCAGAGAAAUUCUGGAUCUUUAUAAUUGUACGCGAUGUGAUGAAGUGGAGCAAGACACAUCAUGCCUCUGCUUUGAAUAUACUGACAAAUGUAUAGUGUGCUGUUCUGGUGUUCCAUGCUGUAGUUGCGCGGAUUGCGGUUUGUGUUGGCAAAAAGGCAAUCACCGAGAAUUGAUAAUAAUGACACAGAUCAUUAUUUCCGUACUAUUCGUAUUUGGUAUUAUUGGCUUGUUUGUAGUUUACUUCAAGAUAUGCUACAGAACGAGGCAGCAUACACGAAGGCAUAGAAGAUGCGUCGUGUUGCAUGAGGAGCGUGAUCUGACGACGCAAUGCAGCAUCGUUGAGGACCUACGGGACAGACCACCUUCGUACAACGAGGUCGUUCGUAGUGCUCCUCCUCUCUACACAUCUUCCUACAACCGGACGUCCAUGCAGGAAGCCCCGCCGUCGUAUCCGGGAACGCCAAAACCGCAGGAAAAGACCCAGGACUCCAAUGUACUUCCUUCCUCACCUUCUGUCGCUCAGCACAUCACUAACCGAGAGAUCAAAGCGAUCGUAAUGCAAUGAAAGGGUAAUAAAAAAUCACGCUCCGUUGUUAUAUAAUGAAAAUGUCAUUUAUUUGAUGUGGUGCAAUGACUUAAAGUAAAAUGGAAAAUGAAUGUUGCGUGUAUGAGCUGGGUUCAAUGAACGGCGCGUGUAACAACACUUCUCGCGUAUCAGCCACUACCGCAACCGUAAUUUUGUUAUUUUUUUUUUUUACAAAAAAGCGCUUCGAAUUUUUAAAUGCAAUAUACAACGAAUGUGUAUGUAUGUGUGUAUGUUGUAUGUAUGUUUGACAGCAGGCGUGCGGUAGUAGCUAGUGGCGGUGAUGAACUCGAUCACCAACACGCGCCGGGCUUUUAUCAUGAUGAGGUAACACUUGUCUUACUUGUACUUAAUAGUUUAUCAAAUUAUAUCCAGUCAUACGCUCAUAUUAUUCCUGCGGGUUCGUACGGAAUUGCGCCUACAUUGCGUGUGUGUGUGUGUGUGUGUGUUUUCUUCUCUCUGUACUGUACGAAUUAUCUAUCUCGGAAUUAGCUUUACUCUUCUCUCGUGUUAUUUUUUCAGUUUAUUUUGUUUUCUCUAGGAAAAAGACAUUCAACAUUACGUGUGUUCCACGAAAGAAAUCGCCGCACAGUCCCAAAGAUAGAUAUGAGAAUCGGAGAAUGGUCACAUUUUUUUUUAUGUAAACUCAGCGCGGCUAAAGUCUGUUCCUUAAAUCGCUACUGCACCUCUGUUGUGUUUAAUCUUAAUUUUCUUUUCUUCUUAUUUAAGUCCUAUAUAUGUCAUUUCAAGACCUAAAUAAAAAGAUGGUAGAAAAACAGUGGAAAAAAUUUCCUUAAAACUACAGAUUUCCAUCGAUUCACAAUCUUCAAUUAUUGACGCAAUAUUGAUCACAUCGCUCGACGGAGCUACGGCGAACGUACUAGUUUUUUAAUUUGUAUCAAUUUUUCGGCGUUUUACGUUACGGAUUAAAGCAUAGGUUUUUUUUUUCCAAGGAACAUGAGCUUAGCGCAGUCUGUAAAAUCAAAAUAAAAAUUACAUAAUGAUUAUUGUACGGUUUUUGUUCUUUUUCGUAAAAGUAUGGGAUUCUCGUACACGAGUUUGUUCCAUUCUUAUAAAAUACAUCAGCGGAUAUGUACAGUGUAAAAAUCUUAAAAUUGAUAAAUGUAACGCGCGCGCUAGAUUUGGGACUGUCCGGAUACAACGACUGUCGCUUACCGUAUUGUAUUUUAUAUAACAAGUAAAUUCACUGGCUGCCAGGAUCGUCAUGAGGGGGAGCGGGGGCGGAGAGGGAAGGGAAGGAUCUGUCUCUAGAAAGGAUCGAUUAUACAAUUGCAGUAAUUACAAGUGGUCUUAUCACAGAACAUGUAUGGCAUUAAUCGUCAUCAUUAAUGAUGUGUAAAUGGUAAUAAGUAUUCCCACAUAUUUAAAACUCGGCUUUCGGUAAAGCUAAAGAUCGGAGGAUCAGGAAGCCAGUACACGGUACUAAACAAGACUGAUUACUUUUACUCUUUUUCGCCUCUGUCGGUUGUCCAUAACUCGGUUCACUGACUGCACACGCAAUUAUGCGAGCCGUAAAUUAACGCGAAAUCAGAAAGAAACGAUUGAUGCUCCUGCUAAUAAUUGACUAACAUUAUCGAUUUUACAAGACUUAAAUUUUUUUUUCCUUUUUUUUUCUUAUUUUUCUAGAUCAUUUUCAAUAACGUUGCCACUUCGAAUUGAAAUCGUAACGUCGUUAAAAUAACACAAUGUAACCAUCAUUCGCGCGCGCGACAUCCUCGUGAUAUAUUCAACGUAUCUCCGUAAAUUAUGGACAACCCUAAAUUUAAUAACAUAAUCAUUAAUAAUAAUUAAUAAUAAUUCGAUCCUAUCACUUCGCUUACAGUAUGCAAUACUCCAGAAAACAAGACAAACUGUGCCUACUGACAAGAGGAAAUGGGGAAUUUGGAUUUAUCGCGGUAUCUGAAAGGACAGGGAAAUGGGGCAGGGGGGGGGGGAGGAAGGGAAAGAUGAGUUUCUUUACCUGUAGACAAAAUAUACAAAAAUACAUGGGGCACAGAUUGCGUAUAGCAUUAAUAGUAAUAAUAUAAUAAUAAAUCGUACAUACGUGGUUCAGAGAAAGAGAUCAUAAAAAAAGAACACUAACUAGAAUGAUUUCUCCGUCUUGGAAGAGUUUGAGACGCACUAAAAA